GCGGUAUAAAAAAGUUGGUUGCAAGUAAACUCCGUUUAUGAUCAGAGUAGAAUAUUGUACAAUUUUGACUAAUAAGCAGAUAUCCACCCAUCCUUGAUGGUAAACCAGAUAAGGGAUAAGGCUCAGAAGCAAAAUGUAGUCCAAUAAGAAUUAUCCAUGUGCAUCAAACAUCUGCCAUGACAACCACAAUUUUCGAAGUAACAGAUUUUCUUUGCCCAGUCAGCAGAUCCAUUUCUUCUGUCUCAUCCCUCACUCAGUUAUAACUUGUACAUACAGUUUCUUAUGUUCAAGUUUGUACUCUAAAGACAAGAUUAUCUACAUAUUAUUACAACUAUAAGCAAUGGCUGCUGCUGCCUCAACCAUGGCUAGCCAACUCAAGAGCAGUUUCACUUCAUCAUUAACUAGAGGACUUGUGAGUCCCAAAGGCAUCUCUGGAGCUCCACUCAGAGUCUUGCCUUCCAGGAGAAACACUGGUUUCACCAUCAAAGCUGUUCAAGCUGACAAGCCAACAUAUCAAGUCAUCCAGCCUAUCAAUGGUGACCCAUUCAUUGGUAGCUUAGAGACUCCAGUGACAUCGAGCCCAUUGAUCGCAUGGUACCUUUCCAACCUUCCAGCCUACAGGACAGCUGUGAACCCACUUCUCCGAGGAGUGGAGGUUGGUCUUGCCCACGGCCUCCUUCUGGUUGGUCCAUUUGUAAAGGCAGGGCCAUUGAGGAACACAGAAUUUGCAGGUGCAGCUGGAUCUCUAGCAGCAGGCGGGCUGGUGACAAUUCUUAGCAUUUGCUUGACAAUGUACGGGAUUGCAUCAUUCAAAGAAGGAGAGCCGUCAAUUGCACCAGCAUUGACUCUGACAGGGAGGAAGAAGCAGCCUGAUCAGCUUCAAACUGCUGAUGGAUGGGCCAAGUUUACUGGAGGAUUCUUCUUCGGAGGAAUCUCUGGUGUCACCUGGGCUUAUUUCCUUCUCUACGUUCUCGACCUUCCUUACUUUGUAAAAUAGACAAGUUCUUGCCUUUUAUUCGAGCUGGUGGUCAAUCUUGUGCAAUUAAAUUGAGAUAUGAUGAAGUUGUAUAUUUCAAGUAGUGAUCACAAAGGAUUAUUAUGGUGUA